GUCCACGAAAUCAUCUCCACUAAAAGGGACGAUGGGUUGGAUACGAGCACUUUUUCUGUCGACUGUUGUCCUGCAAGUGUACCAGUCACGGGAAGUAAAUGGAAGAUCAAUCCCCCGUCCAGUGUGCCGUGCCCGGGUCGACUUGGCUUUCGUCAUCGAUGGUUCAGGAAGCAUCGAGCAGUAUGGCAAAGGAAACUUCCGACGAUGCCUCAACUUUGUCAGAGCGAUUGUCAGCCGCUUCAACUUUAGAGGCGGGCAAACCCGAGUAGGGGUCGUACUGUACUCGUCAAGGCCUCGACUGAUCUUCGACUUUCGACGUUAUCGUUCCAAAGGACAAAUUCUAAAUGCCGUUAGUCGCAUACGAUACCCCAGGGGUAGUACGAGGACCGGAUAUGCUAUGCGGUACUGUUAUAGCCGGGUGUUCCGAUAUGCACGGAGAGGAGUUCGUAAGGUUGCUAUAGUAAUGACUGAUGGAAGAUCAUAUGACAGUGUGGUGUCUCCUGCAAAUUUGUUCCGACGAGCAAACAUCAAAUGUUAUGCGGUUGGAAUCGGUCGGAAAUACAACAGUAGACAGCUCUUACAAAUAGCGGCAGGACGUAGAAGUCACGUGAUAACAGCCGGGUUUAGACAAUUGGGCUCUAUAGUGGGUACUAUACAACGACGAGCAUGUAGAGGUACACGUCCUAUUAGACCACCAGUAAGACCAGGAACAGGAGCGUGCCGUGCCCGGGUCGACCUGGCUUUCGUUAUCGAUGGCUCAGGAAGCAUCGAGCAGUAUGGCAAAGGAAACUUCCGACGAUGCCUCAACUUUGUCAGAGCGAUUGUCAGCCGCUUUAACUUCAGAGGCGGGCAAACCCGAGUAGGAGUUGUAUUGUACUCGUCAAGGCCUCGACUGAUCUUCGACUUUCGACGUUAUCGUUCCAAAGGACAAAUUCUAAAUGCCAUUAGUCGCAUACGAUACCCCAGGGGUAGUACGAGGACCGGAUAUGCUAUGCGGUACUGUUAUAGCCGGGUGUUCCGGUAUGCACGGAGAGGAGUUCGUAAGGUUGCUAUAGUAAUGACUGAUGGAAGAUCAUAUGACAGUGUGGUGUCUCCUGCAAAUUUGUUCCGACGAGCAAACAUCAAAUGUUACGCGGUUGGAAUCGGUCGGAAAUACAAUAGUAGACAGCUCUUACAAAUAGCAGCAGGACGUAGAAGUCACGUGAUAACAGCCGGGUUUAGACAAUUGGGCUCUAUAGUGGGUACUAUACAACGACGAGCAUGUAGAGGUACACGUCCUGUCAGACCUCCAGUAAGACCACCAAGAGGGGCGUGCCGUGCUCGGGUCGACUUGGCUUUCGUCAUCGAUGGUUCAGGAAGCAUCGAGCAGUAUGGCAAAGGAAACUUCCGACGAUGCCUCAACUUCGUCAGAGCGAUUGUCAGCCGCUUUAACUUCAGAGGCGGGCAAACCCGAGUAGGAGUCGUACUGUACUCGUCAAGUCCUCGUCUGAUCUUCGACUUUCGACGUUAUCGUUCCAAAGGACAAAUUCUAAAUGCCAUUAGUCGCAUACGAUACCCCAGGGGUAGUACGAGGACCGGAUAUGCUAUGCGGUACUGUUAUAGCCGGGUGUUCCGGUAUGCACGGAGAGGAGUUCGUAAGGUUGCUAUAGUAAUGACUGAUGGAAGAUCAUAUGAUAGUGUGGUGUCUCCUGCAAAUUUGUUCCGACGAGCAAACAUCAAAUGUUAUGCGGUUGGAAUCGGUCGGAAAUACAACAGUAGACAGCUCUUACAAAUAGCGGCAGGACGUAGAAGUCACGUGAUAACAGCCGGGUUUAGACAAUUGGGCUCUAUAGUGGGUACUAUACAACGACGAGCAUGCAGAGGUACACGCCCUGUCAGACCCCCAGUAAGACCACCAAGAGGGGCGUGCCGUGCUCGGGUCGACUUGGCUUUCGUCAUCGAUGGUUCAGGAAGCAUCGAGCAGUAUGGCAGAGGAAACUUCCGACGAUGCCUCAACUUCGUCAGAGCGAUUGUCAGCCGCUUUAACUUCAGAGGCGGGCAAACCCGAGUAGGAGUCGUACUGUACUCGUCAAGUCCUCGUCUGAUCUUCGACUUUCGACGUUAUCGUUCCAAAGGACAAAUUCUAAAUGCCAUUAGUCGCAUACGAUACCCCAGGGGUAGUACGAGGACCGGAUAUGCUAUGCGGUACUGUUAUAGCCGGGUGUUUCGAUAUGCACGGAGAGGAGUUCGUAAGGUUGCUAUAGUAAUGACUGAUGGAAGAUCAUAUGACAGUGUGGUGUCUCCUGCAAAUUUGUUCCGACGAGCAAACAUCAAAUGUUAUGCGGUUGGAAUCGGUCGGAAAUACAACAGUAGACAGCUCUUACAAAUAGCGGCAGGACGUAGAAGUCACGUGAUAACAGCCGGGUUUAGACAAUUGGGCUCUAUAGUGGGUACUAUACAACGACGAGCAUGCAAAGGUACGCGCCCUGUGAGACCUCCAAGUGGAGGGAGGGGAAUUUGUAACCUUCCAAAAGUAACUGGUCCUUGCCGUGCUGCAAUGCGAAGAUGGUACUACAAUAGGGCCACAGGAAGGUGCCAGAUGUUCAUUUAUGGCGGGUGCCGAGGAAAUGCUAAUAACUUUGGGUCAAAAGCUGAAUGUGAACGAAAAUGCCUCAGAAGAACGUGCCGUGCUCGGGUCGACUUGGCUUUCGUCAUCGAUGGUUCAGGAAGCAUCGAGCAGUAUGGCAGAGGAAACUUCCGACGAUGCCUCAACUUCGUCAGAGCGAUUGUCAGCCGCUUUAACUUCAGAGGCGGGCAAACCCGAGUAGGAGUCGUACUGUACUCGUCAAGUCCUCGUCUGAUCUUCGACUUUCGACGUUAUCGAUCCAAAGGACAAAUUCUAAAUGCCAUUAGUCGCAUACGAUACCCCAGGGGUAGUACGAGGACCGGAUAUGCUAUGCGGUACUGUUAUAGCCGGGUGUUUCGAUAUGCACGGAGAGGAGUUCGUAAGGUUGCUAUAGUAAUGACUGAUGGAAGAUCAUAUGACAGUGUGGUGUCUCCUGCAAAUUUGUUCCGACGAGCAAACAUCAAAUGUUAUGCGGUUGGAAUCGGUCGGAAAUACAACAGUAGACAGCUCUUACAAAUAGCGGCAGGACGUAGAAGUCACGUGAUAACAGCCGGGUUUAGACAAUUGGGCUCUAUAGUGGGUACUAUACAACGACGAGCAUGCAGAGGUACACGCCCUGUCAGACCCCCAGUAAGACCACCAAGAGGGGCGUGCCGUGCUCGGGUCGACUUGGCUUUCGUCAUUGAUGGUUCAGGAAGCAUCGAGCAGUAUGGCAGAGGAAACUUCCGACGAUGCCUCAACUUCGUCAGAGCGAUUGUCAGCCGCUUUAACUUCAGAGGCGGGCAAACCCGAGUAGGAGUCGUACUGUACUCGUCAAGUCCUCGUCUGAUCUUCGACUUUCGACGUUAUCGUUCCAAAGGACAAAUUCUAAAUGCCAUUAGUCGCAUACGAUACCCCAGGGGUAGUACAAGGACCGGAUAUGCUAUGCGGUACUGUUAUAGCCGGGUGUUUCGAUAUGCACGGAGAGGAGUUCGUAAGGUAUAA